GUUCAUUCUACUCGCUACAUGCCGACUUGACGCAGCCCGGGGCCAGCAGCAGCCAGCGAAGCUACCAUCCAGCAGGGUCUGCAGCGCCGCAAAAUGAGAGCUGUGGACUGACUCGUCCCUCUUUUUUCUACCGUGUCAAACCCACGGGGGACAUUAUCCCGGACACGUUCUUUAUCCUGCCGUCCCCGCCACCGGAGCGUCCCCGCGGGAUCCACCGCCAGCUAACCGGGCCUCGUCGUCGUGGCCCAGCAGGGACUCGAGUGAAGUUGGGAGCGCAGUGCCAAACUUCUGCUUCCUCCAGCUGCGGUCCGCGGGGCCCGGGGCUCCUGUCACCGGCCCUGUGGAUGAGGGAGUGAAGCGGGGUGGAAGCAGCCCGCAGGAGUAAGGGACCCCCUUAGAUGGGAGAAUCCUCUGUCCGGGCCUCCUGGGUUAACCGCCGCGCCAUGAUGGAUGAGCAGGAGGCCCUGAACUCCAUCAUGCAGGACCUGGCCGAGCUGCACCGAUCCAGCCGUCCCGCCACCUUCCUGUCCGAGUUGGGCAAACCCAAAGUCUCCUCGCCCAAGAACCAGAACGACGUGAGGGUGAAGUUCGAGUUUAAAGGGGAGAAGAGGAUCCUGCAGUUCCCUCGGCCCCUAAAGCUGGAGGACCUGAAGACGAAAGCCAAGGUGGCCUUCGGUCAGGCCAUGGACCUUCACUACACCAACAACGAGUUGGUGAUUCCGCUGACGACGCAGGACGACCUGGACAAGGCCGUGGAGCUGCUGGAUCGCAGUGUUCACAUGAAGAGCCUGAAGAUCCUCCUGGUUCUGCAGAACCCUUCGUCCAACAUGGACCUCCUGCCGUCCCACGAGGACUUGGACAACACAGGCUUCAGACCUCUGACCGGUGAUACUUGGCUUUUCAUUGGGUCUCGUUGGCGUCGUCUCGCUUCCCUCUCGGGCCUAAAACGUUUCCCUCUCUCCUCCUCGUCAGGCUCCCACUCUACAGACCGCAGCUCUCCUCCGCCCGGGUACAUUCCCGAUGCUCUCCAGCAGGUGGCGAGGAACGGCUCCUUCACCAGCAUCAACAGCGAGGGGGAGUUCAUCCCAGAGAGCAUGGACCAGAUGUUGGACCCGUUGUCCAUGAGCAGCCCGGAGAACUCGGCGUCUGGAAGCUGUCCGUCUCUAGACAGCCCGCUGGACAGCGAUUAUCCCAAGUCCAGGAUGCCCCGAGCACAGAGCUACCCGGACAACCACCAGGACUUCCCAGAGUACGACCUCCCCGUGUUCGAGAAGUCGGGGAAAGGCGGCACGUAUCCGCGCAGAUACGGCAUUCCCUUCGGCCUGCAGGACUACAGCGACGGGAGGAAGACGUUCCCCCGGGCCCGACGGACGCAGGUCCACAGCUUCCGCUCUCCGGUCAGCUUCAGCCCCACGGAGCAGUCCCCCAGCACCAGCAGCGGCAGCAGCGUCUUCACCCCCGACCUGGAGGAGGCGCCCGGGCCCGCCAGGAGGCGGCGGGGCAGCGACAUUGAGCCCAACCCCGCCGCCGCCCCGACGCUCUCCGUCAUGGACAUCAGCCCGCCCAGCCGCUCUCCACGCGCUCCCACCAACUGGCGGCUGGGGAAGCUGCUGGGCCAGGGGGCUUUCGGCCGGGUCUACCUCUGCUACGACGCAGACACGGGACGGGAGCUGGCCGUCAAGCAGGUCCAGUUUGACCCGGAGAGCCCGGAGACCAGUAAGGAGGUGAGCGCGCUGGAGUGCGAGAUCCAGCUGCUGAAGAACCUGUGCCACGAGCGGAUCGUCCAGUACUACGGCUGUCUGCGGGACAGCAUGGAGCGCACGCUCUCCAUCUUCAUGGAGCACAUGCCCGGAGGCUCCAUCAAGGACCAGCUGAAGUCGUACGGCGCGCUGACGGAAAACGUGACCCGCCGCUACACCCGGCAGAUCCUGGAGGGCGUCUCCUACCUGCACAGCAACAUGAUCGUCCACAGGGACAUCAAAGGGGCCAACAUCCUGCGGGACUCUGUGGGGAACGUGAAGCUGGGGGACUUCGGGGCCAGCAGGCGGCUGCAGACCAUCUGUCUGUCAGGGACAGGCAUCAAGUCGGUGACGGGAACGCCGUACUGGAUGAGCCCGGAGGUGAUCAGCGGAGAAGGAUACGGCAGGAAAGCCGACAUCUGGAGCGUCGGAUGCACCGUCGUGGAGAUGCUUACCCAGCGGCCUCCGUGGGCGGAGUUUGAGGCCAUGGCGGCCAUCUUUAAGAUCGCCACACAGCCCACCAACCCAGUCCUGCCCCCCCACGUGUCGGACCACUGCAGAGAGUUUCUCAGGCGGAUCUUUGUGGAGACCAAGCAGCGUCCGUCUGCAGAUGACCUGCUGAGGCACAUCUUUGUACAUUAACCCUGAAAACUGAAGCCCCGCCCACCUGUAGAGCUGCCAAAUAAGGCCUUACCUGAAGGGGCGGUGCUGCCUCUGGCCCAGCCCCCUCUGCCUUCAUGCUGAAACCACUCUGGAGCAGGAAGGACCGGCUGGAAGAGGUUAGGUCGGUUUCCUCCCCGAGGCGGCCACAGAGGACCUGAUCUUUAGUUUCUUUUCUCAGCAACGUGCACCUUAAUUAGUCAGACGUGGAGAGGUCGAGCUCUUCCUCCUGAUGAAACGUUGGUACAGUUUGUCUGCUCAGACCUUGGAGAUGGGUACAUGUAGGCCUGUCGCGAUAAUCGAUAGAUCAAUUGAUCGCACGAUACAUUUUAAUCACACAAUUAAA